UCCGCGGGGGGAUCGGUGCGUCCCGGCUUUAGGGAGACCCCAGGAGCAUCUUCCCGCCUGCACGCCGCAUCCUGAGAAAGUCUUUCCCAGCCGGAGAGCGAUGAGUUCUCUCUUGGCCGCGAGUCCCGGCAACGACGCCGCGACGGGGUCCUGGCUGCUGGCCACACCGCCCCUGCGGGAUGGACUUUUGAUAGUGAAGGUGGAGGAAGAGUCUCCUCGAGGCGGGGACUGUCAAGAUCCUGAGGCUUGUCGCCAGCACUUCCGGAGGUUCCGUUAUCAGGAGGGGGCGGGACCCGAAGAGGCUCUGCGCCAGCUCCGGGACCUGUGUCGCCGCUGGCUGCGGCCCGAGAGACACUCUAAGGAGCAGAUCCUGGAGCUGCUGGUGCUGGAGCAGUUCCUGAGCGUCCUGCCGCGGGAGCUGCAGGCCUGGGUGCGGGCGCACGGCCCCGAGAGCGGGGACGAGGCCGCGGCCGCCGUGCGCGCGGUGCCCGCGCCUGGUCGGCUCUGCCCGCAGGGGUUGGUGGCAGUGGAGGACACGGCAGUGUCUCUGGCCUGGGCGGGGCUGGAGCAGCUGGACCUGACUCAGAGAGACCUCGACGGGGAGAGCAUGCUGAAAGCCUCCUGUUCCCCAGGAGACAUGGUGUCCCCAAGUUUGGAAACCAGAAGGGAGAACAAAGCGUUGAUUCCAAAGCAAGAAAUUCUGGAAGAGAAGGAUGGGCUGCCCCCGUUUCCUGGGGACGGUGGGGAGGAGCGGGCAGGAGGGUCCCUCUCGCCCAAACGGGAAACCCCUUGGGAGGAGCCAGGACUCCCCUGCGGCUCGGGGCCCCGCGGCGGCCUCGAGGUGGGGCCACAGGCCGAGAAAGGACCCAGGCCCCACCCCUGCCCCGAGUGCGGGAAGGCCUUCAGGCAGCGCUCGGACCUGGCCAAGCAUCAGCGGGUGCACACGGGCGAGAGGCCCUACUCCUGCCCAGCGUGCGGGAAGCGCUUCAGCCAGAGCGCAGCCCUGAGCAAGCACCAGCGCACGCACACCGGGGAGAAGCCCUACGCGUGCCCCCGCUGCGGGGACAGCUUCCGCCAGAGCUCGCACCUCCGCCGGCACCUGCGCGUCCACGUGGGCGAGCGGCUGUACCACUGCGACCAGUGCGGGCAGCUGUGCCCGGGCUCCAGCUGGCUGCGCCACCAGCGGCUGCACGGCGGGGACCGGCCCCACGCCUGCGAGCACUGCCCGAAGAGCUUCAAGCGCAGCUCAGACCUGGCCAAGCACCAGCGGGUGCACACGGGCGAGAGGCCCUACGCCUGCCCCGAUUGCGGGAAGCGCUUUAGCCAGAGCGCCACGCUCACCACGCACGCGCGCACGCACACGGGGGAGAAGCCCUACCGCUGCGGCCAGUGCGGGGACAGCUUCCGCCAGAGCCCGCACCUGCUGCGGCAUCAGCGGGUCCACAGGAAUAAAGUCCCCGCCUCCUGACGCCUCCAGCCUGAGCCGUUUACUUUCCGA